AUGUCACACUCCAAACUCCCUCCGUCAGCUCUUCCAUUCCCUCUUCCCUUUCGGCAAAGCAAAUCAAAGUCGCCAAAAGACGAUGCAAAUGCACUACAGUCCAAGUCCCAGUCCAGUGACAAGGAGAGCCAGCCUGUUGUUGUCGACCGUAAGCCGAUCACUGGCUUCAAUGUACCCGAGAAAGAGAGAUGGAAUUACUUCCUCUGCAGAUUGGUGUCAGAGCCUUCUACGGGUUCUGCCCAAUGGUCCUCUUGCCGGCCUAAUACUCAUCCUGACGAGCUGUUUGUCGAGUGUGACGAAUGUGGCUCUAGUCUAAGGUACUCGGAGUAUGAGCCUCACAAGAAUCGCCAUACUAUCGACAGAACUUUAGCUUGUCGACUCAAUCUAGUCAAAUGCGACGAUUGUGGACGUACUUUUUCGUCGCAGAAGGCUUACAAGUAUCAUCUCGACCAGAAGAAAUGUCUUGUGCUUGCCUUUCAUCGCCGAGGCGAUCACAUUACGGUCCUUCCCCGGAUCGAAAAACCUCCUUCUUCAGACCCACAGUCUCUGGAUGACACAGCGCUGCAUCCACCACUAGCAACUGCCUUCAGCCCAACAUCCUCCAGCCGGUCGGCUCUUGUAUUGACCCCGUCACCCCAUGAGCAUACACCCCUGUCCUCGGAAGAUACUGCUCUCAGGAGUCCGCAAGGCUACGAGCUCAUCACGACCGCGUCAGAGCUCACGGAGGCGUCUUGGGAAUACCAGGAUAGCGCCACACCAAAGUCUUUGUCAACCGUCUUUGGACCUUGGACGGAGCACAUCAUCAGUACUCUUAUUAUUGCCUUUGCCCAAUGGUGGUCCCGGCAGUCAGCACCUAGCGAAGAGCCUUGCGAUACAGAGACUCAUGGCAAAUCUUCUAAAAAUCCUGCGUCCAACCAGUCAUCCCGAAAGUCAGCUACACGGCGCUCGAAAGCCUCGUCGUCAUCCAAAAGAAAGGCUAGAGAUGAUGGUCAAGAAAAUGAGGAUGGAGACGACGAUGGUUCACAAGGCCCACCACGCGGCAACGCCAGACCACGAUCAACAGCAGUUGGCCACAGACUGGCUUGCCCAUUUGCAAAGUAUGACCCAAGCAAUCAUGUAGAUUGUCUGGGAUACGGGGCCGACACCAUUGCCCAUCUGAAACAGCAUUUGUUCAGGAACAGGCGUCAUCUCAGGCCUUACCAUUGCCCAUAUUGCAACGUCAUAUUUGACAAUUUAGAUCUCAUGUACGCCCACAUGGACACAGAGCAAGGUAGAUGUGUGUCAGUGGCGGGUCCAAGACCGAACUGGCAAUAUAUUUCAGCAGAGCAAGAGGCGCUGCUCAAACCAAAUGCCUCUUCCUCAAUGACUCCUCCUGAACAGUGGCACGAGAUUUAUCGUAUCAUAUUCCCAAAUGCGGAGCGUCCGGCCAGUGUAUAUGUAGAUCAUACACGUAUCGUUGUAGUCAGAGACGGACUUAAUGAGUUCUUGCAGACCGAAGGAGUUGAGAUCGCCAGGAGGACGCUGGCCGCUACAGGCUUGCAGCUUGAUGAAGCAGAGUAUGGACCGCUCUUACGAGACCACGUCCCUACAAUCUUCAGAGAAAUACUUGAACGCUGCUCAUUUUCGAGACAAGACCAACAAAUGACCACUACUCGCCCGCGGCGUCCUCCUCUCCGUCGGAAGAUCCAAAAGAUUGAGCAGCAGUCUCCGCAUAAUCUGGAUCCUACUUCAUCUUCAAGUCUGCCAGUACCAAGUGUAAGCAAUGACUUUUUGUCACUGACGCCGUCAGUCGUCCCGGUCCGUCGCACGUACAGCGCCCAGCAGUCUACCUCAACUAUACCUCAACCCAACCCCUUAGCUUUUGAGCCAACUCCUACAGACAAUUCCCAGCUUUGGCUUGGCACAAACCAACCUCAGCAGCAUGGUUUCAUAGGCAGAAUUAACACUACACCUUCGAUGCAGACACCACAAGCGCGACCGCCACAGCAGCACGAGCAGUAUGGCCCCCAUCAGGUGCCGGCACAUAGCCCUUCGACCUCUUUUUCUCAACAGCCUACUACCCAGUUAGAUCAUGACUGGACAGGCUAUGAUAACGACAGACUUACAAAUGUCGGUUACUUCCCAGAUUCGUCUCUUCAACCGCAGCUAUCAACCGACCAAGAUGUACCACAGUCGCUAUCUGCCGUCGAUUCCGAUAUGAACCAAAGCUUGCUUGGUACUGGUGAAGCCCUUUCGCAUUAUCCGAGUCCCGCGAAUGAUUACGACUUUCUGAACAUGGAUAUAUACGCCUUUAUGCGAGUUAUGGGAACUGGUCCAGCUCCUCCACCUCCCGAUGAGGUACUUCAUAAAUCCUUUCCUCCUCCUGGGCGAUGA